CGCGCCUCUCCUUGCCUUGAAGCGGCUUUUCAAAGGGCCCGGCCGGCGACAUAGCUCCACCUCUAGGCUCUCAGUCAGCUUUCUCUCCGCCCCCCGCCCCCCUCCUUUCCAGCCUCGAUGCGCCUUUCCUCUCCGCCCGGGGCCACCGCUGGACGCGCCCACUCCGCGGCUUCGGAGGGGUGUCCCGGCUGAGAAGGAGGUUUCUCUAAGCAGCCACCAAAGGAGAGAGAGAAGAAAGAGCAGCAGCAGAAGGAAGAGGGGGCAGGAGGGGCGGGGCUGCUCUAGAGAGAGAGAGAGAGAGAGAGAAAGAAAGAAAGAAAGAGAGAGAGAGAGAGAGAGACAACUAUUCUUCUCUGCUUCGGGGCAGAGGCACUGCCGACUCCGGAACGCUUUGAGAUCCCGCGACGACGGCUCUGAACGUAUCAUUCUUGACCCUCAAUUGCCAGGAGGAUGAGCCAACAGGAUGAAGAGCAAUCCAAUCUGUCUCACUCCCUCUUCGAUGCCUUUCUCCAUGCCAAGCAGUGCAAAGAAGUGCUGGACAAUUUUGAAGCACUGUGUCAACACCUGGGGCUGGAGCACACUGGCCAGCUCCAAUUCUAUCACAAACUCAAGUCUUGCCUCAACUAUUGGAGUGCCAAGGCUUUGUGGACCAAGCUAGACAAAAAGGCUGGACACAGAGAUUAUGGUCAAGGGACAGCUUGUGCCAACACCAAGUGCCUGAUCAUUGGGGCAGGUCCCUGUGGUCUGCGCUCCGCAAUUGAACUGGCCUUCCUGGGAGCCCAGGUGGUGGUGCUGGAGAAGAGAGACACGUUUUCCCGGAACAAUGUGCUGCACCUUUGGCCUUUCACCAUUCAGGACCUGCGAACGUUAGGAGCCAAGAAAUUCUAUGGCCACUUCUGCACAGGUUCCUUGGAUCAUAUCAGUAUCCGUCAGUUGCAGCUGAUUUUGCUGAAAGUUGCCUUACUCCUGGGGGUUCAGAUUCACACCAAUGUGCAGUAUAAAGGACUUGUUCCACCAGCAGCCAGCUCCAGUGGACAGGUCAGUGGCUGGAGAGCUGUAUUACAUCCCAGCUCCUCUCCGCUGAGUCAGUAUGAAUUUGAUGUCCUCAUCUCUGCAGGCGGCGGCAGGUUUGUGCCAGAAGGCUUCAAGAGGAAGGAGACUCGUGGGAAGUUAGCCAUCGGUAUCACCACCAACUUUAUUAACAACCACAGCCGAGCUGAGGUGGAGGUGGCUGAGAUCAGUGGAGUAGCUCGCAUCUACAAUCAGAAAUUCUUCCAAAACCUCAAUAACAAAACAGGUAUUGACUUGGAAAACAUUGUCUACUAUAAAGAUGACACCCACUACUUUGUCAUGACAGCAAAAAAGCAGAGUUUGCUGAAGAAGGGAGUCAUCUUAAAGGAUAAGCUGGACAUAGAAAGUUUGCUGUCUCCAAAGAAUGUGAAUCAGGAAGCUCUUCUUGCUUAUGCGAAGGAAGCUGCCAAUUUCUCCACCAACUACAAGCUCCCCAAUUUGAAAUUUGCACUGAAUCACCGCAGUCAACCUGAUGUUGACAUGUUUGAUUUCACCUGCAUGAGCCGUUCAGACAAUGCAGCUCUGGUGCGUGACUGUAAAGGCAAAAAACUGCUCAUUGGAUUGGUAGGAGACUGCUUAGUGGAGCCAUUCUGGCCCUUGGGCACUGGUGUAGGCAGAGGAUUUCUGGCUGCUUUUGAUGCUGCCUGGAUGAUAAAAAGGUGGGCCUCAGGGACACCCCCUCUGGAUGUGCUGGCUGAGAGAGAGAGUUUAUAUCAGCGGCUGUCGCAGACUUCACCGGACAACACCAAUAAGAAUAUCAAUCAGUAUAGCAUUGACCCUAUCACUCGGUACCCGAAUAUCAAUCUUCAAGCUAUCAAGGCUUCUCAGGUUCGAAACCUGUAUGUGACAGGAGAAAUUGAAACAGAUCAGAAGAAGAGAAGAAGUCGUGCCAGUUUGGAGAUAGUUUAUAAAGACGCCAACAGAGCCUACGAAGAGCUCCUUAGCUGGUGUCAAGUGAGCACUGCAAAAUACCCCAGAAUCAAGGUAGAGGACUUCACACACUCCUGGAAAAACGGACUGGCACUGUGCACACUCAUACACCAUUUCCGACCAGACCUUCUAGACUUCACCUUGCUGGACCAAAAUGACCCCAUUGGGAACAACCAACUGGCAUUGGAUGUGGCUGAGCAGGAGCUAGGGAUCCCUCCAGUCCUCUCCAGUACUGAAAUGGCUUCAAUGUCAGAGCCUGAGCAGCUUGGCUUGAUCACCUACCUGAGCCAGUUUUAUGAUGCCUUCAAGAACUCUCCAGAACCUGAGGAGAAAACAGCUAAGCUCCUAACACCCCGAGGUACGAAGGGAGCUAUCCUAUUUCUUAGCAAGCUGCAGAAGAGUCUGUCUCUCUCACGUAAAAGGAAUCUGGAGGAGAAUUCCACAUGGGAUGAACAAACCAAGAAGAAAAAGCAAGAGCCUGGGAGCCCUCCUGUCUCUCCUGUGAGGAGCAGCGAUGCCUGCUAUAUCUGUGGCGAGCACGUCUACAUUGUAGAGCGGGUCAGUGCUGAAGGGCGCUUCUUCCACCGAAGCUGUUUCAAAUGUCACCAGUGUAAGACAACUCUGCGGCUGGGGGAUUUUGCCUUGAAUGAAGAUGAUGGGAAUUUCUAUUGCAGCCUCCACAUUGCAGGCUCCACAGACGCGGCUGCACCCAGUAGCAGAAUUUCUUCUGAAGCAGAAUAUAAAGAAUCUUCCCAGAUCUGCAAUCCUUCAGCCAAAGGCAUUCUGGACUUGGCUGCUAAGGAAGAUAGAAUGGAAAUAGAUUCAAGACAGCAAAGCCCAUCAUCCUUUACAGAUCAACUGCUAGCAGGUCAGCUUGAAGAAUCUCAGAAAUUAGUUGGUGAAGGAUUGGACUUGUCUUCAUCCAGAAAAAAUGGAAGUGUUGCCAUGAUAAAGCCAUCUCAGCCGGCGUUGCACCAGCAGCUCUCCCUUGCAGAGAAGUUGCAGGACUCUGAGACCAAUUUAGCUUCACAGGUUGGGCACCAAGGUACAGAUGUAGAUAGGGCCUAUGCUGAAGAACUUGACUUAAGAAGUUGGAUUGACCACCGGUUGCAGGAAGAGGCACAUAGGGACUUGGUUACAGGCAUGCAAGGAGCCAGUAUACACCCUGCUGUUUCUCGAAAGACUCUAAUUCCUCCAAGUCCAGUACUAGAACAAGGGGAAAGUGGGAAUGCCCAAAGGAGAAAAAUCUGUCUAUCAACCCUGGAAAAACAUGAACUAUCCAGAUUGAGUCCAAUUAUAGGCUCGUUUAAUUUUCCAGAUUCAAGUCUGGAAGAAUCCAGCAUCAGCAAAGACUCAGAAGACUCUCUGGAGAUUGGCAGUGAAAGUGAAGAAGAGGAGGAAGAGGAGGAGGAAGAAUAUGAACCAGGGAGCCAUGAUCUUGGAGCAGAGAUUUUUGGUAACUUGACUGAAGAGGGACAAUAUCCAACAUGGAAAAAGACUUUGAUACGACGAGCCCGAGAUGCACAAAUGAAGAGGUUUUGCAAAGCUCAGUCAAUCCAGAGGCGGCUAGAAGAAAUUGAAGUGACUUUCCGCGACCUUGAGAAACAGGGGGUCAAACUGGAACGUUAUUUACGGGAAGCGGCAGGAACAGAGUCUGAACUGAAGAGGGCAUGGAUGAGCCAGUUGCUCUCACUGGUCCAAAAGAAGAACAGCCUGAUGUGUGAAGAGUCUGACCUCAUGAUUGCGGUGCAAGAGCUGAAGCUAGAAGAGCAGCAAUGCCAGUUGGACCAAGAACUACGCCGGUACUAUAAUAUGGAUGAGUCUUCCAAAACUUGUGAGGACCAACGGGCAGAAAAGAAGAUCCUGUCUCAACUGCUGGAGGUUGUGAAUCAGCGCAGUGCCCUAAUCGAGAUGCAGGAGAACAAGCGUCUCAGUGAACUUUCUGAGCAUGGUCCAGUGCUGGGAAGCAUCUGAAAAUUUUAAGUCUGCUGGAUUUAAGCCUUCUGAGACAAGAGGACCUUCUCUUUGUACUGAAGUUCUUUUGGUGCAUACAAGAAAACAAGCUCCUCUUUAACAAAAAGUAGUCUUAAGAAGCAACUUUGCUGCCACAGGAACAGAAGAACUGUACAGAUACUGUUCGAACUGUCACUGAAGCCAGGCCCAAAAUGCAAUACUGCUGCAGUACAUUGUAAUCAGCACUCCUGCCAAUAUAUCUAUUGCAUUCGAUUAUUAUCCCAGAUCACAUGGGCAAGGUUCAUGUGGAGUUUAUUUUAUUUAUUACAUACCACUUACUACCUGAAUUUUAUUGGGCUGAUAAAUACAACAGAAUCUAAAGCCAUGAAAUAAGACGUAUUUUCUAUCCUCAGAUCAUUACUUGAUAGCCAUUCUUUGGCAUCAGAAGAGCAAUCUGGACUGUAACAUUGCUCCAGGUACCAAGUUGGCAUGUUUCACCAUGUACUAAGACAGGAAAUGCGAUUUAUUCUGCCAAUAAAUACAUUUUAUUACAUUGGGUCUGAUGACCAAAAUCAGUGUAAUGAAGGUAUUUUAAAAACAAAUGCCAGUGGAGAAGUGAUGGGAAAGUUUUAUGUAUUUUAGUAGUAGUCUCCAUGCCCUUCUUAGCCACCAUUUUUUUCUACAAUGUUUGUGACUCCUGUGUGCUAAAUUGUGCUGUUGUCCUGUACCUUUGAAGAUGGCAGAAGGGCCUCAGUUCAUGGGUUGGCAAUAUACAAUAGCUCCCUGUUUCCUUUUGUCAAAGCUCUUCCCAGUGACGGCAAUGCAAUGCUGCCCCCCUCCACAGCAGGUUUGUAGGAUUCUUGUUAUGAGUACAACAGGCCCUCCACAUCUGCUGAGGUUGGUGGUGCAGGGCCUUUGUACUGUUUUUUAAACUUGAGAAAACACUUAAAGAAUCUCUAGGUCCGUCCGUGUGACAAGUUGUGCUGGAGGACCUCUAGAUUCCUAGAGAAGUAUUUUGUCUAGUAUUUAAUUGUCCUAGCACAACUCUAUGGUCAACUUCAGGUAGGGGCUGCUCAUAGUCACACUGGAGGAGCUAAAGAUUCCUAGAAAUCAUAUUAAUCAAACCCGCAAAAGUUAAAUCUGCAAAUGUGAAGGACUGACGUACUGCUGUCUACCCUUCCUCUGCUAAGCUACCCAGAGAUACAUCCCGGUAGAAAACUAGAGGGGAGCAGCACCAAAAGAGCAUAGAAACGGAAAGGUUUUGAAAUAACAUUACAGCUCCAAGAAUCUCCAGGCUUGCAUGCCCAAAAUUUAAUGGUUAAAACAUCAAUACAGUGGAAUGGCCUAGGCCUGGGAAAUCCCCUUAUUAUUCAACUCCUAAACAUUUUGCAUUGUGUAUGCUUGUAAUAGAAGUUAUAAAGCCAUACAAGUGUGGCUUAAAUGUGAUAUCCCUGUAAUGGUAGCACAGCCAUAAGAGAAGCCGUAUUAACUAUGCAGAAGUGUGCAUUUACCUCACAAUAAACUGCUCCUGCAGAGAAGCUGCUGUUUAUUUGUUACAUAAUCACACACAAGCUCCCCUCCUAAUUAAAAAGAAAAUGCUUUAUGAUGUAAUCAGAAGGUGCCUGAAUUAGUACAAACAGCUGUCCUUUUUACACAGUUCCUGUAUCAAUAAAGGCGCAUGGAGUAAACAGGAA